GACAUAUGAGCUCUGAAUGUUAAAAAACAACUUUUGUUUAUUUUUACUCGAAUUUGCUUGGCACGCAAUAGAGACACUGUUUGUAUGCAUAAACAAUAUUCUGCCGAUAAAUAGAAAAUCUACUACCAUAGAUGGUCACAUCUGUUUUACAACAUAUUGUGUAUUGCAUAAAGAACAAAAUUCAUUAGAUAAAAUCAAACUCCUUACAUGCUUCUCCUCUCACACCCCUUUAUUUUUUUAAAGAGUGUUUAUCUCCUUCUCUUUAUUUUUUUUCUUUUUCCUUUUUCUGUAAGCAAUGCCAAACCAAAACUCACUUCACAAGUCGCUCAUAAAUCAUACCGAGUCAAACGCGAUACGAAUAAGUCUUCCUUCUUUCUAUCAUGAAAAUGUUACAGAACCAAAUGAGAGCCACUCUAUUCUAUUUACUCGCAAAAGAUCAGCCACUUAUGACCCAAAUAGUACAUUUGAUCCACAAAAAAAGGCUCGAUCAGACGAUACAGUACUUUGUGAACCAUGCGUCUGGGCAAAUCAGAUCGAGAAUUCAAGCACAUUAAAUGCACUAUGGCAACUCCCUUCCAUGAUUCAUGCGUUUGAUCUUAUCCCACACAACCACAAGACGUAUCUUUUAUUUCAAUUACUGAAAAGGUCCUCAAUAGACACACUUCAGUUUGUCAAUGCUAUGAUUAUGCCUAUUCUUAAGCGCGAUUUCUUAUCCACAUUGCCCCUCGAAUUAUCAAAACAUAUCACAAGAUGCUUGGACCCUUUUUCACUUGCUAGGGCUUCUUGCGUAUCUAAAAAGUGGAAAACAAUGAUUGAUAGUGAUGAUGAAUUAUGGAAGACAUGGCUACUGCAAGAUGGUUAUUCACUUCAUGAUCCUAUCCACCCUCUUCUCAAGACCACUAGCUACAAGACACUGUAUGCACGACACCACACAUUAAGACAGAAUUGGCGUAAAGGAAGAGCACAAGAAAAGACGUUUCGUGGCCAUGACACGUCUGUCGUCACUUGCUUGCAAUUUGAUGAUGACAAAAUUGUUUCUGGUGCAGACGAUGCGUACAUUAAUAUUUACGAUACAGCAACAGGGAAAAAACGCAUGACUUUAGAAGGCCAUGAAGGGGGUGUAUGGGCACUUCAAUAUGUGGAAAAUACGCUUGUUACUGGUUCUACAGAUCGCCGUGUCCAUGUCUGGAAUAUGGAGACAGGUAAAUGCACGCAUGUGUUUACUGGCCAUACAUCUACUAUUCGGUGUUUGCUCAUUACAGAACCUGUUCGACAAGGCGGGCCACGUAUGAUUAUUACCGGCUCCCGUGAUGCCACACUACGCGUAUGGAAACUGCCUGACGCAAACGACCAGCCAUUUUCUGGUGAUGCGGAUGACGUGAACCCCUUUUUUAUACAGUCCUUAAUUGGCCAUCGACAGUCCGUGAGAGCCAUUGCUUCACAUAAAAAUAUUAUCGUCAGUGGAAGUUAUGACAGUACAGUGCGUGUCUGGGAUCUCCAUACAGGCCACUCUCUCCACGUAUUGGAAGGACAUACACAGAAAGUAUAUACUGUUGUCAUUGAUUCAGAUCGAAACAGGUGUAUGAGUGGUAGUCUAGAUUCAACCGUACGUGUAUGGGAUUUGAAGACGGGUCAGUGUCUAUGGAGACUAGAAGGCCAUACUGUUCUUGUUGGGCUAUUGGGAUUAACAGAUCAAUGCCUUGUUUCUGCAGCAGCAGAUGCUGUGAUUCGUAUCUGGUCUACAGAAACAGGUGUUUGUUAUCAUGCUUUGUCCGGACACAGGAACUCGAUUACAUGUUUUCAACACGACAAUCAUAAAAUCAUUUCUGGUGCUGAAGGCGGGGUCAAGAUAUGGGAUGUAAAGACUGGUAAAUUCGAAAACGAUUUAAUUAAAGAUGUGGAUGUGGUAUGGCGUUUGGGAUUCAAUGCACGCCGGUGUAUAGCAGCAGUACAAAAGAAAAACGAGACAUCGUUUAGGAUAUUGGAUUUUGGCAUUCAUCAUCUGUAAAAGCGAAAUUUGGCUGUGAAUCAAAUAAGUCAGUGCUGUUUCCAAUUUUUAGUUGCAAGCACGUUUCCUAAAGAUUAGAUCAAAUUGGCAAUAAAACAUUUAUUAAUUGUCUUCAAAUCUUGUUGCUUCAUGUUUGAAAUAGCUUGUGCUUUUUUCAUUG